CCGGUGACAGGCCCGCGUGCAGCCGCCUUCACGCCUUCACUUAUUCACUUAUAUCGCCCGCAGAACAACCCCCCAGAUGCGGCUGCAGCUCUCUCUCACCCUCCAUGAUAUGAGAUGACGGCCGGCUCCAGUGCGCGCGCUGGAGUCACUCCCCGCGAUGACGGAAGCGAUGGCCCCAACUCCCCCAACAAAGCUCCAGCGACUGGUGUGCAGGCUGCCGGUAUGCGUGCGAUUGCGGCGCGCAUGGUAGCUUUCUACUUCAGAGCACCGGUCAAGGCCUUCUUCAGAGGCCGCAUCGACUAUAUGGGAUAUGCGCGGGCAAUCAACCCUCACUUCCAAGAAGCAGCGCGAUGGACAUGGAGAAUGACGACGCCUGCGGUAUUGGUGCACGCGGUGAGGACUGAGGGAUGGAGCUUCAUUCCAAAUCAAGUCAUGCCGCCGCUUCUUGCGAACACUCUCAUUGGGGCCGUCUUGUACACAGCAUACUUGCAAAGCCUUUCGAAUCUUCACGUACCAUCCUCCUACCAGACUAAGCGCAUUUAUCCUCCGCCGCCGCCUUCUACAACAUUUACCGCCGGUCUGAUAGCAGGCGGCGUGCAGUCGCUCCUCGCAGCACCAUUCGACGCCCUUCAGGUUCGCUUCCGCACGUCGGAUAUCCUUGAGGGAAAAUACAAGACCAUGUGGCACUACGCGGGCCACAAGCUGCAUUCUAUUAGUCUCCGCGGCAUAUUCGCUGGCUGGACGCUCAGUCUACUCAAAGAUUCUGUCGGCGCCGCUUUCUUCUUCACUACCUUCGAGACGAUCAAGAGUCAGGGGUACUACGGAUAUGUCACGCAUUACUAUGGUAGUCGAACGCGCGAGGCAUUGCUGGAAUCCGCCGCACUCUAUCACGAUGAAAAUGACGGUCGUCCUGUCAUAAAGCCGCACUACACCCUAGAACCCACCUUCCUCCUGUUAGCUGGCAUAUCUGCAUCUAUAACAUCUCAGCUGAUCCAGCAUCCGCUCACUGAGCUGCAAGACGUCCACUAUCGCCGGCUGGAGGCCCUCGACUAUCAGGCGCAUAACGAGAGCAAGCCGUCAAGAAUUAUGAGCCGCUACUACCACGCGUACGAAGAAACUUUCCGUCAAUGCAAGAAGCUCGCUAAACGACACGGGGGGUGGAGAAGGUACCUCUACCGAGACUUUUUUAUGAGCACCCUCCGACAGAUGCCGAGCACGAGCGCGGGCCUCAUCGUGUUUGAGUUGGUCCGGCGCAAGUACGCGUUUGAGACCGAGGAGGUUAUAAUAAGUCAUGAAGGAGCACAUAUUCUACUGACAUGAAGAGGAGGAUGCUUGUAACACUACCUUUUAUGAUACCCAGCGCCUUAGAGCAUUAAAUGUAUGUACCACACGCCUACACACACCGAACGCUUGCAUAUAGAAUCCACAUUUCUCAU